AUGGCGGUGCUUGCGGCGAGUGUCUCGAUGGUCUCGAUUCGUUGAGGAGUUGAAAGUUUUCCAAUCCCCGAAAGAAACAACAAAAAAUCUCUAAUACCUCGAAAAACAAUUACUGAAUUUUGCUAAAUCUAAUCAAGUGGAGUGAAAGGAUAAAAAACGCUCGAAAGUCAGUGAAGACGCUGUUAAAUAUCUCGUUCUCUCGAGGAUCGUCGCUUCUCGAAAAACUCUGAAGCCCUCAGUCGAAUUCUGAGUUGAAAACCCCACCAUAAAUCCCGAAAAAUCCAUCGACAGUCUCUUUGAAAAAUCUCAAGUGUCAUUUAAAAAAUAUACAUUAAAAAAAAAACAACCAAAUUUUUAUGCUAAUUUUCGUGCUUCGGCAGGUAUUGCUCGGCCCUCCCCUGUGCUCAUCAGUGUUUAUAAACUUCCUGGUGCCUCCGCAACCUCUGUCACAAUUAUUCUAAAAUUAAUCACCCAAGUUCAUUGAAAAAUUACCAUUGUCGUAGUUAAUUCGGCCAUUUGUUGACCGCUUUUUUGUUUUUUUCUUCUAUCAAUUUAUUUUCGUGAAUGAUUCAGUGAUUCUGCAACUCAAGUUACAUACCCGUAGUUGAUUGUAGACUACUACGUGAGGAUCAUGUUUGCACUUGGGAUGGGCCAAUGACCGGCUCUGGGGGAGGACUGUAAAAUAGCGAAUUUCUCCGUUUCUUUUGUCAUUGAGAAGAGUGAACUUUUUUGAGGAGUUGAUAAUUGCAAUUCGGUGGUGAUUCGUUUUCAGCAUGGCUUUGAACCCACGUGACAUGGAUGGUUUUAUGCCGCUGUUGUCCACUUCGGACAUAAAGACGAAAAUGACAGUGGGUAAUAAUCUGUUGAAUUACCUCAGCGAUCCUAAUAAUAGCAUCGAGUGCCAGGACAUCGGAUUGUUCAUUGAUAAUGUCAUCUCGUGGCUGCACAAUGGCAAUGCCAAGAUCGUCCAAAAUGGUCUCGAAAUAUUGACGCAGAUAGCAGACAGAAUGGGCCAUGAUUUUCGGCCUUAUCUCACGACAAUCAUCCAGCCGACGAUUGAUAGAUUAGGUGACAGUAAAGAUACUACUCGCGAAAAGGCCCGAUUGGUGCUUUUGAAACUGAUGGAGAAGGGAAGCAUGACACCACAACAGCUUCUGGACAAACUCCACACUGCAUUUAGCCAUAAAAAUGCUAAACUGAGGGAGGAGUCACUCAUUUUACUUAGUACUACACUUGAUGAGCAUGGCGCAGAUGAUAUGGCUCUAUCUGCAGUGAUUCCCAGCAUCGUCAAAUUACUCUCAGAUCCAAACGAAAAAGUACGAGAAACUGCCGUCACUACAGUUGUUAAUAUUUACAGACACGUUGGUGAAAAAUUUCGGAAUGAUUUGCAACGAAAACACAACUUACCACAAUCAAAAAUGCAGCUCUUGGUGGAGAGAUUCGAGCAAGUGAAGGCUGACCAUGACUUCAUGCCGAUGGCGACGACUUCUGAACUUGGGAGAGAACAUGACGAACCUGAUAGAGCUGUUAAAUCAGCACCAGUUAAACGAGUGAAAAGUGUCCUUCAAAAGAAGAGUCAAUUUGGACCCGCUUCGAAACUACUACCAUCAGUGGGGGGAGCCGGUGCAAUUGAUGAAGAAACCUUUCUCACAGCGUUUGAGGAUGUUCCAAGUGUCCAUUUAUUCUCCCCACGUGAUCUCGAGGAUCAAAUCAAGGUGAUUCGAGAGAUCAUUGGCGAUGACAAGAAAGACUGGAACCAAAGAAUUGAUAGUUUGAAAAAAUUGCGUGGCAUCAUUUUGGCCGGUGGUGCGAAUAACGAAAAUUUCAUGGAUUUACUCAAGAGUUUGCAGAAUAGUUACGAGGGUGCAAUUACAGACUUACGAUCCCAGGUUGUUAAGGAGGCUUGCAUAACACUUGCUUUCCUGAGUCGACACCUCAAGAACAAAUUCGCAGUUUUUAUAGAGGGCUUACUAGGACCUCUUAUGAAUCUCAUACAAAAUAGUGCUAAGAUUAUGGCAACAUCGGGAGCUGUAGCUCUUAGGUUUAUCCUACAGAACACUCACAGUAGUCGCUUCAUUCCCAUUAUUUCCGCCUCAUUAUCUAGUAAGAGUAGAGACAUCAGAAGAGCAGCUUGUGAAUAUGUUGCACUGAUGCUGCAAGGGUGGCCAACGACACUCCUUCAGAAGCAGAUAAAAACAUUGCAGGAGACGAUUGGCAAGGGUGUAGCCGAUUCCGAUGCAGAGGCCAGGGUAUUUGCAAGGAAAGCUUAUUGGGCAUUUAGAGACCACUUCCCUGAUCAAGCAGAGGCCCUUUUGAACACUAUGGACAGCAAUUGCAAACGUACAUUAUUAUCACAGAGCAAUAGUGGCAGCAUAAACAGUCUGAAUGCAGUUACUCGAACCUCCUCAAUUCCGCCAAGACCUACCAGACCCGCCAUGAGUGCAGCAGGCAGCACGGAAAAUCUUCAUCAGACUCAGAGUCCGCCACACGGGCCACUGAAAAGGACACCAUCAUUGCCACGUUCUUAUCGUCAGUCUGGAAUUCCAGUACUCCAAAGACCAACUGACAAUUACUGUCGCGUGUCGCCGGGACCUCGUUCUAACAGUGCUAUUGACCUGAAUGCUGCAAGGAGAGCUCAAGCAAGAGCUCUGUAUGGUAAUCUCAACCGCAGUAAAAUUACUUCCCAUAACGACCAUCAGAAUAGACAAGCUCGAUCAGUCCGACCAUUGGACUCAGCAGUUACUGCAAGUCCUGAGAGAAAUGCUAGGACGAAAACUAGAGUCUCAGGCGUUUCUCAGUCUCAACCAAGUAGUAGGUCAUGUUCGCCAUCAUCAAGGCUCAGUUAUGCAACAUAUAACCGGGAUGGGGAUUCAUUAGUUCCGAGGCCGCGAAGAUUAUCAGGCCAAGGAAUGAGAAGUUCGGAGAAUAGUCGUGACCCUAGUCCCCAGAGAUUUGGAACUUUAGGAACAAAAUUAAGGAAUAGAAAUAUGUACGCAUCUCCAAGGGCCCCAGUAAUGGCCGAGAAGAUGUUGCAACGUUCAAGAGAGGCAGAAUCAGCUCUGGCUGAUGCCCUUUCCUUCGAUACCAAUGAUCAUCAUCACUCGCGGUCUCAACGAAAAGGGGAUCACAGUGAUGAGAGUGAAACUAGCAGUAUAUGCUCGGAAAGGAGCAUGGACAAUUUCCGGAGACCUAGUGACUCGUACUCGUGGAGCGGUUCACAGCAGAGACUCUACCGUGAUCUGUGGGAGCCUUCAGUUCCAAAGGACAUCAAAGAAAUAAUCGAAUACUGCAACCGAAAACACUGGGGCGAGCGUAAGGAGGGCCUGAUCGAUCUCCAGCAGUUUUUAGCCAAUGGCAACACUCUAUCAGCCACAGAGUUGCGUAAAAUCACCGACAUAUUCACGAAAAUGUUUAUGGAUUCGCAUACAAAGGUCUUCAGUUUAUUCCUGGACACGUUGAAUGAAUUAAUCGUAACACAUCACGAGGAUCUGGGUGAUUGGCUCUACGUCCUCUGCACGAAAUUGCUUAACAAAUUGGGAACCGAUUUAUUAGCAUCGAUACAGACGAAAAUCAACAGAACGCUCGACGUCAUCAGAGACUACUUUCCAGGGGAGCAGCUUCUGCCUUGCAUAAUGCGUUUCCUGACCGAUCCAACGCAGAAGCCCAACUCACGCGUCAAAAUCUCGACUCUCAGUUUUCUCAGUCAUGCGGCCGACUCUUCAGAGCCAUCAGCCCUCAACUCCUCAUGCAAAUCCGCCCUUGUUCGCCUCCUUGACUGGACCAACGACGUUAAAUCCCAAGAGGUUCGUCGUCACGCCCAGGAGUCUGUAAUCGCCCUGUACAACCUCAAUCCACCUCAAUUCCCUAUGAUACUCAAUGAACUCCCUCAACUCUACCAGGACAUUGCAAUGCCCAUUAUACAAACCCACCUUCGACGCUCAUCCCAUUCCGCCUCAGCUUCAGCCUCAGCCUCGGCUUCUGCCUCCGCCUCCACCUCAACACCCGCCUCACCAAAUACUCAUCUUCCCUCGAAGCAUUAUUACACACCCCCCUCACCCAUGAAAACUCCUCAUCGACCCUUGGAGAGUGCUAAUUGUCUUGAUAAUUCUCACGACGACGAGAGCAGUCUGAAUGCCGAGGAAUUCUACAAAUCAUUGAGAAAAACAACAGCUGAAAUUCAAAAUUUUAGUUUUGAGAGGAUGGAAGGACCUGCCACAUCCAAGGACUCUGGAAUAUCGAACAUGGCCGAUGUCGAGGAGAGAAUUGAAUGUUUGACAAUGUCGAAUUCAGGAAGAUCUUCUUCAGUGUCGUCACCAACCCAGAGGAUGAGAUCAGUCAAUUCUACAAUGGUAAAUGGUAAUGGCAGUGGGAGUGACACAAUUGCUGGUGAUUUGAUCCUUCCUAACAGAAGAAAUAAUGGAAUAAUGGAUGGUGGACAUGGUGAUGGCGGUGGUAGUGGGAGUAAUUGUGGCCCAAGAGGUCCUGAUUUUUUCAACAAGAGUUUGAGACUCCUUCAGAGUGAUGUAGAGCCCGCUGAGAAAGCCAGUGUACUCCAGGAAUUUCAGAGUUAUGUCCGAGGGGAUGGGGCGCAAUUUAUAAAAUUGCAGUUCAAGAAAUUUCUCAAGACAAUGUUAGAUCUGUUGGCGACUAAUAAUAAACCACUGGAGAUCGAGGUGUUGAAGACUCUCGUGGAAAUGCUGAGGUGUAAGGAGUUGUUGGACAAUUUUCAGCCUUAUGUGGAGCUGCUAGUGAUCAAGGUACUGGAUGAGCACAAGCCAGAUGCUUACGAUCCGAAUUCUGGCAGUCCCCGGAGAGGAGGACAUGGAUCAACUGUUGGCUCAACCAAGCCUCUCCAGCUGUUGAAGGCUGCUGAGGACUGUGCAGCAGUGAUAGCUACUGUACUACCUCCGUCUCAUAUUAUUCAUUUGGCUCUACCGACCAUUCAGACAGAACCAUUUCCAAGAAAUGUUGCUGCCAUUAAAAUGAUACAAAAUCUCGUGGAGCAUGGAGGGAAAACCGCUAUUGAGGGACAACUAGAUGGCAUUAUGAAUACAUUGAUGCUGGCUUACGACAACAACGAAAGUGUAGUACGCAAAGCUGCUGUCUUUUGCAUGGUAGCAAUUCAUGCAGCAAUAGGCGAGGAGGCCUUUGAGCCGUACAAAAAAAAUCUCUACGGUGGCAAAUUGAAACUUUUGAAUAUUUACAUUCAAAAGGCCCAGGAAGCGUCCAGCAGUCAAUCGUCAAGUCCACGCAGUAAUCACAGUAGGAAUUAACUAAGAACAAGCGCCGCGACUCUACGUGUUGCAAUAUUAAGACGUUUCUCGCGUAUGCAACAGAGACAUCAAUUAUUACUGCUAAAAUUCAACUGGUAAAUACGAGAACCACAAAACGAUUGAUGUUUCAAUGAAAAAACAAAGAUCAACAGGCAGUUAUUGAUUAGAAAGCCGCUUUUUGCGCCCAAAAAAAUGUAUACAUAAUACAAUAAUAACAACAGCAGAACGUGAGAGAGAGAAAGCGAGGGAAAUAAUUAAGAAAAAUGUAAAUAAAGAAGAAAAAACAUGUUUUUAAUUGAGUCAUGGCGCAUUUCCCGGUGAAUUUGCGUCCUAUUAAUUUAUUAUCAGUCUAUUAACGAUCAAAAUGCUUUUCAUUUUCAAUACCAAUAAAUCAUUAACAAUUUCGUUGUCAAUCCUAUCAUCUUAAAUUCACCAAGGAAAUGAUAACACUACUGUUCGAUAUCGGAUUAUUUUGAUAAUGAGGGCACUCUCCCCUGGGGUAAAUGCCAAGUGAUCAUCUUCGUUGGAUAAUUUGCCAGUCAUUAAUGUCCCUUGGCCUUUUCUAUUGAAAUCAUUCAUUUUCAAAAUAAUGACGGUUUACCACUUUUCAAUACACAAAUUCACAAUAUCUGUGCCAUUUUUUCUGUUCUGAUUUUUUUUUCUUCAGUAUUACUGUUGAUAUAUAUAUAUAUAUAAAAAACAUGAAUAUUUUUUUUUGUUUUUCUUCAUUUAUUAUCAUGAUUGUCGAAUGUUUUUCGUGAGAUGAUAAAUGAAGUGAAAAAAAUACAGCGAGAAAUUGAGAUAAAUGAGAGAAGUGUGUAAAUGGUAUUAAUGCAAGAGAAAAACCUAUGUAUAUUGAUAUUAUAUGACAAAAUGAAGAAACAUGGUUAAUUAAAAACUAUUAGUUUUUCUCUUUUCGUCUUAUUUAUGGUUGAGAAUCAAUUUAUAGUAUCAAUGGAUAUGUAACAAACCUUGUCAGCGUAAUUGAGGAAAUAUCAAGGUAUUUUUCUUCGAUGUAAAGCAAAGUGAGGACGUAGUAAUUAGACGAGAGUAAUGAUGAAUGAAAGAAUUUACUUCGAAACUACCAUUUAAAUAAUUUUUUAUUUCACUAUUUCCACUUUUAGCCCUUGAAAAACAUGGAGUAAUAUUCUAUACAUCAUUAUUAUAUUACUACUUGUAUCGUUGAUUUCCAAUUUGAGAUAAUGAAUGAUAAUAAAGAUAUUACUAAGGAUACAA